AUGUUGGGCCCGGCUAAGCAAGGCUCCGGAACUCGCUGCUUUCUCCUCCCUCUCCGCGAACGAGUGGCGCUCCCAGCUCCGCCGCCGAGCGGGACUAGCCAGGGGAGGAGGCGGGGCGUGGAGGGGCGGAGCCUCCUCGAGACGCUCCACGUCCCGCCUUCCAACGGCCACCUAAGCGCCCCGCCCUAUUCGAUUAGGCCUCCUGCUGGCCAGCGGAACACAGGGCUCACCAAAGGAACAGACUUGGGUAGAGAGAUGGUGGCCAGGCUGGGACUGGGACUGCUUCUUCUGUGACUGCUCCGACCCACGCAGAUUUAUUCAAACCACACAGUUGCACCAUUUUCAACGAACUCCUCCCACAAAGACAGUGCCCUGCAGUGGGCAGCUGGUCUUCUCAUGGUUUUGUUAUCUCUUCUACGUCUCUUCUGUUAG